CUGCCUUUCGCCCCUACCCACAUCUUUCCUGGAGUCUUUGAGAUAUUCAAAGCUGUGCACUCUAGCACGGGCUACUUGGCAUGGAUACACCCUCGGAUGGGUCAGCAGGAGGGGACGAGAGGCAUCCUCUCAUUCUCUUGAUAUCGGCAUUCUUCUGGGUCAUAUUAUGGUUGCUAUCAUGGGUGAAAGCAUUGGUUGCUUUUGCGACCAUAUCCGUGCCCAGAUUCAUCUACUCUGUCCUCUCCUACUCUAUGACCUUGACGUUGAACUUUUGGUCAUUCGCGCUCCUCUUCCUUGCCUGCGCUGUCGCACUCAAUUAUUGGAUACGCUUCCGGUACUUGAACAAGUACACUCAGCUCAAGGAACCGCCCUUGAUUAAGGCGGACGCACAAGAGCUGCACCCGGAUGUCAAUACUCCUGAGCAGCAGCCAACAUUCCACAACUAUCUUGACGAGUUUCUACAAGCAGUUCGCAUAUUUGGCUUCUUGGAGAAACCGGUUUUCCACGAACUUGCGAGGCAUCUGCAGACGAGAAGGCUGCUCGCUGGGGACACUCUCUCGCUCGACCACGACAAGAGCUUCUACUGCGUCAUAGACGGCAAUGUGCAGCUUUACGCUCAGACCGGACAUACCAUGCACCAGGGUCGAGGUGGGACAUGGGACGAGGAGGACAUGAAUGGAUAUCAGCUGCUCAAUCAAGUUGGCCCUGGUGGAACAUUGUCUAGCCUAUUCACCAUCCUCAGCUUAUUCACCGAGAACGUUAAGAUGAGUUGGCAAGACGGUGAUAGACCCGACGAGGCGGACUACCGGAGCCGAAGCAGAACCCCAGCUUCAGGUACCCCUUUGCGGACGCGGACGCGGCGCUCAGACUCUGACGUCUCGCAGCUGGAUCUCGCCUCUGCGCAAGCUCAACGGUCUCGUGCAGCCUCGGUGUCUUCUUCCGGCUCAACUGUGCAUGCUGCCGACGCCACUUCCCCGCGUCGUGGACGCUCCGGUUCUCGCGACUCCCGUUACGGCAGGACGCCUAACGGAGAGUCUGUCUACGACGCUCGGAUCACUGCCAGCAUCUCCACAGAGACGCAGAGCCAUUAUGGCGUCGUUGCGCGAGCAUUUGAAGACAGCACCCUGGCAGUGAUCCCAGCGGAAGCGUUCCAGCGACUGACGAAGAAGUUCCCCAGGGCGGCAGCUCACAUCGUUCAAGUCAUCCUCACGCGGUUCUCUCGCGUCACCUUCAACGCAGCACAUAACUAUCUCGGCCUCACAACGGAAGUCCUCCGGACAGAGAAGGCUAUCAACGACAUCGCCUGUCACCCUUUACCGCAGUCGUUCUAUCAAGGCGGCCUAAAGCAGCUUCGCCAGCGGUUCGACGGCGUGCCCAUUUCCAACGACUCUGACACGGAGGGCGACUACUUCAGCUAUGGCUCCUCUCGCAAUUCCAGCACGUCCUCGCUGUUCGACGACGUCAAGCUCAAAGGAACUGGAAUCAAACCACGCGCAGGCUCCAGCGCAUCGGGCAUGACUGCGAAUGGCUUCUCCCCCGCCACGCCCUUCAAGGCGCACAGCUCGCGCCACUUGGUCCAGGCUGGCGACCUCCUCACCUCGACCGGGAACCACGCCGACGGUCCGAAUGCAAUCAUGCGCACCGUCAGCAGCGGGGGCACCGCUGGGGCCCCUACCCCCCGCCCAGAGCCGCUCGACCUCCCAUCGUUCAAGCUGCAAAGGGUGACGGCUUCCGCAGACGAGUUUGAUCUGCGUGAGGAAGUUAUGUCGUGCAUUGCCAAGUCGAUCGGGCUCAUCCAGCCGCCACUGAGCGGCGGGGACUCGGUUGAGGCUUCCCCGGCCUUGCCUCCGAGCGACAGCGGGGCAAGCAGCAGCCGGCGCGGGGGCCGGGAGGCUUUCAGGUCGUCUUUCGGCUCUUUGUCACUGCUGGAUAUCGGGAUGGACGAUGCGGCGUCGAGCACGGGGCGGACGGAGAGCUCGACAUCGUUCUAUGCGGAUGGGCAUCUGAGCAAUCUGGAUAACGAGGUGGAGAUAUUGUUCUUCCCCGCUGGGUCCAUAUUAGCGAAGGCUGGCGAGCGGAAUACUGGACUGUUCUACGUCAUCGACGGCUUCCUUGACAUGAUCUUGCCCCCGGAGCACGGCGACGGCGAGAAGGAGAAGACGAACAAACAGGCCAAGACCGCGCAAGGAAAGAACGUCCAGCCAGACCAAAACGAGACACGUUCACAGUCUCGUUCUGAUUUUUUCCUUGGCGGUUCGCGCCCUCGCCCUGAUGACCAGACACGCAGCAAGAGUGACAAAGACCGCUCCCAGAAGCCGCUGUUCACCGUCAAGCCUGGAGGCAUCGCUGGGUAUCUAUCGUCGCUCUGCCAGACUGCGUCGUACGUUGACAUCGUCGCGAAGACGGACACCUAUGUCGGCUUCUUGCCAUCGCCCGCCCUGGAACGCUUACUCGAACGACGCCCGAUCGUCCUACUCACCCUCGCCAAGCGUCUGAUCUCCCUGCUCUCACCUCUUGUCCUUCACAUCGACGGCUCUCUCGAUUGGGUGCAGGUCGAUGCCGGCCAAGUGCUUUGGCGACCGGAAGACGAAAGCGACAGCUUCUACAUCGUUAUCAAUGGUCGUCUUCGUGCUAUCACCGAGAAGGAAAAUGGCGCCAUCACCAUCGUGGCUGAGUACGGCCAGGGAGAUACUGUCGGAGAGCUGGAUGUCAUCGCCAGCUCCCCGCGGAGGAACACUGUUCACGCUAUCCGUGACACGGAGCUCAUUCGCAUGCCGCAGACGCUGUUCAAUGCCAUAUCUGCUCGGAAUCCGCGGACAACAGCCCAGCUUCUCCGCAUGAUCGCCUCUCGUGUCCGCACAGAACUCGACACCUCGUACAAAAGCAUGGCAGCUGAGCGCUCCCGCGGAGGGAAUAUCAAUCUCAAGAACGUCGCCAUCCUCCCCGUCUCCCGCAACAUCCCAGUGGAGGCCUUCGCGCGCAAGCUCCACACCGCCCUCGAGGCUAUUGGGGCACCCACAGCGUUUCUAAACCAGGCGUCUGUCUCCGACCACCUCGGCCGGCAUGCGUUCACGCGAAUGGGCAAGCUCAAGGCGGCGGGCUGGUUGGCGGAGCAGGAGCAGAAAUACCGGAUCGUGCUAUAUAUCGCUGACUCAGCUGUGAGCAGCUCGUGGACGCAGACGUGCAUUCGCCAGGCGGACUCUGUGAUGGUCGUAGGCAUGGGCGACGAUCCAAGCAUCGGAGAGUACGAGAGGCUGCUAUUGACGUUAAAGACAACAGCGAGGAAGGAGCUCGUGCUAUUACACCCAGAUAGGUCAGUCGUGCCUGGAUCAACACGAGAGUGGCUCAAGCAUCGUCCUUGGGUCCACCAGCACAUCCAUGUUGAGCUCCCGGGCCUGAACCCAUCUGUUGUACGAACACCAGCUGCGCCUCCAGAUCCUGCUGCCGUGGUGGCGCUCAAGAAGAUGAAGGACCGGGUGCAGAGCGAGAUCCAGAGGUAUCGCGGCGCGCGAUCCGACCCACGACCCCAGCGGCCUCCGCAUAUGAGCGACUUCGCACGCCUUGCGAGGAGGAUAUGUGGCAAGUCGAUCGGUGUCGUCCUGGGCGGAGGCGGGGCGCGUGGUAUCUCUCAUCUGGGCGUCCUACGUGCUUUGGAGGAAUGUGGGAUUCCAGUAGACCAUAUCGGAGGCACCAGCAUCGGCGCUUUCAUUGGCGGACUGUACGCGCGAGAAGGCGAUAUCAUCUCGAGCUCCGGCAGGGCGAAGCAGUUCAGCGCCCGAAUGGCCAACUUCUGGAGGAUGCUGUCCGAUGUGACCUACCCCAUCGUUGCUUACACUACUGGUCACGAGUUCAAUCGCUCCAUCUACAAGGCGUUCUAUGACCUCCACAUUGAAGACAUGUGGCUGCCGUUCUUCUGCAACUCCACGAACCUCAAUCCUUCGCAGAUGGAAAUCCACGAGACGGGAUAUGCAUGGCGGUUCAUUCGGGCUUCCAUGACAUUGGUUGGUCUGCUCCCGCCGAUCUGCGAUAACGGAAGUAUGCUUGUAGACGGCGGUUAUGUCGACAAUCUUCCUGUUUCCACCAUGCUCUCGAUGGGAGCGAGCGCCGUCAUUGCGUCGGAUGUCGGAUCGAUCGACGACAACUCGCCACGCAACUUUGGUGACUCUGUCUCGGGCGUGUGGCUCUUCAUUAACCGAUGGAAUCCCUUCUCGAAUGCCCGAAAUGUGCCCGCGAUUACCGAGCUGCAGCAGCGGCUCGCGUACGUCUCGAGCGUCAAGACUCUUGAAGAGGCAAAGACUAUGAAGGGCUGUCUGUACAUGCAGAUGCCAGUGCAGGAGUAUGGCACCCUGCAGUUCGGAAAGUUCGAGGAGAUACAGAGGAAGGGGUACCACGCAGCCAUGGAUUUCCUGGAGAAGUUCGAAGCAGAGGGCCUUCUGCCGUCACCCUACGUGGGGGAGGCGAACAGGCCUGCAGCAGGUAGGACGCGUGGCCGGAGCGCCCGUAGAAACUCAAUAUAACUGCUUUCGUACCUAUCUCUCAAUGCUGUCUGUAGCUUUCCUCUUACAUCAAGGACAAUGUAUGUUCGACUCAAUAUGUACAUCGGCAAUUGAGAAGUAUCUGAAGUGG